UGAACAGGUGAGGCCUAGAGAUUGUUGCAAAGUAAUGAAAUGUUAGUCACAAGACCCGGCGCUGGACCAAAAACAGCAAAAACCUGUUUUCCGCUACCGCAUUAUUUUGAGGCCCAAGGUACCAGGAUAGCAAAGCAGUUCUGCGUGACGCUCACGAGGCAGCAAGGAGUGCCCCCCUCGAAAGUAGCGAAGCUACGUAGUUGUUUCAUCUUGCUUCUGGUCCAGCUAACCUUUUACAUCUUUUAGUCCCACCAAGAGCACCAAUGUCGCUGGUCACACACGUGCCAAAUGCGCCGCCGGAGAAAUUUUAGGUGAAACUUUGCAACUUGCAUUCUAGUCUUAUUGGAAAUAAUGCCUAAGAAUGGAAGUUCAGAUAGCAGUGAGAGUUCGGAUCUGGUCACCAGCAGCCCGGCUAAUUAUGAAGCGAUCAAAUCUGGAGCCGAACUGGAGAAGCAGAUUCUUGAGGAUCUGGAAAAACGGCAACCGCAAAUGUUGAAAACCAACUGGUGGGCGAUUCUGCUCACAUUCAUCUCGGGAGUGUGCUUCACAGCCUCCACAGCGUUGAUAAAAGGGUUGAACACCAUCGACCCGAUGGACCUGCUGCUGCUAAGGGGACUGAUCCAGUUUGUAGCAAUUACGCCGUUCGUCAUUUACGAGCGGAAAAAUCCGUUCGGUCCGCCCAGCGUCAGACUCUACCUCCUUUUGCAGGGCGUCAUCGGCGGUUUGACACUGGUGGCGCUAUUCUUCGCCACCAGACGCCUGCCCCUCGGAGACUCAACCACCGUUAUAUACAGUUCGCCAAUUUUCGUCGUGCUCAUGUCCUACGUUUUCCUCAAGGAGGCCUGCGGAUUUUUUCGCACCUUGGUCAUUUUUGUGCUCAUGACGGGAGCAAUAUUUGUCCUGCAACCACCGAUAUUUUUCCAAGAGAAUGCGGAGAACUGGGACGUCUGGGGCUACACUGCGGCCAUCCUGUGCGCCUUCUUCACGGCGAUCAACAUCGUGCUGAUGCGAAAGUGCAAGGAGGUGCACUACUCGCUGCUCGUGUUCCACUUCAGCGUCUGGUGCACCGUCAUGGCCCUGAUUCUGAAUUUCGUGCCUGGACCCUGGGAGUCUGGUGGCAACCUGAUCGACGCAACCCUAGUUCAGUGGGUGUUCGCCGUGCUGGUCGGAAUCCUCGGACUCGUCGGACAGGUUUUGCUCACUAGGGCGCUCAGCAUGGAAGGCGCCGGAAAAGUGUCCGUCACCAGGACGCUCGACAUCGUCCUUGCGUUUGUCGUUCAGGUCUUUUGGUGGGAGCAAGUUCCUGGCUGGAUGUCGAUUUUAGGGGCGUUUUUGGUGUGCAUCAGCGUCGCCGCGAUUGGAACAGAGGAGCAGAUCGGCCGAUUCGCCGCAGUAAUUCCUUGAGCGCAAUCAAAGUAAUUAUACUCGUAGAAAUGUCUUAUUUGUAUUUUUCCUUCGUGUCAGAUUGUAAAAUAAAAUUAUACAUGCACACACACA